CGCUCGCUUUCACCCACACCACAGGAAGCACAUUCGCUUAUCGGACUUUUUUGGUCGAGUCUGUGAGAGAGCUUCACAGUUCCAAAGUCAUUCUCAUCAAUGGAGCUCUUCCGAGCUACUGCUUUCUCAUGGACCCACUCCAUCUCUCCCUCUCUUCACAUCCCUCAACCCUUUUCUACGUGUGAGACUAGGAGGGUCCGUGUUUGGUGUAGCUCUGAUCAAACCCAGAAGGCAAAUCAGAUGACUGUAUCAGUGACCGGAGCUACGGGUUUUAUAGGUAGAAGAUUGGUGCAAAGGCUUCAUGCAGAUAAUCAUCGCGUUCAUGUCUUGACACGCUCUAGAUCAAAGGCUGAGUUAAUUUUUCCGGUCAAGAACUUUCCAGGAAUAGUGAUUGCAGAGGAACCAGAGUGGAAAGACUGCAUUCAUGGUUCAAACGGUGUUGUGAACUUGGCUGGACUGCCAAUAAGUACGCGAUGGUCUUCUGAGAUCAAGAGGGAGAUUAAGGAGAGCCGGAUUAGAGUCACCUCGAAGAUUGUAGAUUUAAUAAAUGAUGCGCCAGAUACAGUUCGGCCUACAGUUUUAGUCAGCGCAACCGCUGUUGGUUACUAUGGUUUGCAUCUAGCACCAACUUUUCUAUUCUUUUACAAUACUAUUAGAGAUGCAUACUUCAUUCUUUUACUUCAAAUUGUUUAUAAAAUAUUUUCAGUAUUAAAUUACAGCCCUAGUGUUCAACUAUAGAGCACUUUUUGAUUUUCACGUGGAACUUAUUUUUCCAUUGAAUCGAUGUUAUUCUUUUAUAUUUCAGAUAAUGUUUCUAGACUAGCCCUUAUGUUACAUUUGAUAUGAAAAUAUUCAUCCAAAGAAGUUGAUUGAUGCCCUGUAAUAAAUCUUGAUGUUACACCUGCUUAAUAACCCAAUUGACGAAAUUGAAGCAAGGCUUCUCUCUCUCUCUCUCUCU